AUGUCAUUUAUAUAAAUAUAGGAAUCAUAGAAAUUGGUUAAUUAUUUGAAUUCUCACCCAGGAGUGUUAGUUUUUCUUGAUGUAAGGGUUGCAUAGAUUAAAGAAGUUUAAAUGCUAGUACAAUAAAAAUAUAUAGUUUAAUUUAAGUAAAUUCGUCAUCAACCUAUUUUAGAAAUACAAACAAAAAAAUUGCUCUUCAUCUAAAAUCUUAAGCCUUUGUAACUAAGGUAUCAUUAUAUAAAUAUACUUUUUAGGAACAUAAACUAGAGACCGAUUACUUGAUUGCGUAAAAGAUGUCAUCUCAUAAUUUUCCAGUAGAGAGACCUUUUUUCUUUUGUGAUGAUAAAUCUAUUAUUGGAGAAGAAUUUUAUGCAACAGAGUACUUUGAAGGGAGAAGGUUUGGGAAUUAAGAAUUGAUAAAUUUGACAUUCGAAGAAAAGAGAAUAAUUUUGAUAGAAUGUGCAAAAACAUUAGCUUAUUUGCAUUCAAUAAGCUUAAAUUAACUAGGUCUUGGAGAAUAAGAGGAUAAAAGCAAUCACUAUUAAAUAAUAUGUAAGUAAUUAUUAAAUUCAUAUAAAUAAAAUGAAACAAAAAUAUCAACCAAUAUUGAAGAUAUAUUGUAUUGGUUACCUAUGAAUAUUCCAACAAAAUAAGAACUUGAUAAUCUUUGUUUAAUUCAUGGUAACUUCUAAUUUUAGAAUAUAUUAUUUCAUCCAACUGAGCCUAAGAUUCUUGCUAUAUUAGAAUGGUAAGGAGCAUAAAUAGGGAAUGCUUUUACAGAUUUAGCUAAUUUGAUAUCUCCCUACUAUAUUCCAUAUAAUAAUGAAAUUUAUGAAUAUAAUGGAUGGUAAGGAAUUGAGACAUUGAUAGGAAUCCCAAUAUUAGAAGAAGUAGUUAAUUCAUACUUCAAUGCUAGAAAUAGUUUUGAAAUUCCAGAUAUCAGAUACCAAGUGAUAAUAUCUAUUUUGGCAAAGUCGAUUGAUUAAUAAAUAAAAUACAAAAUAUCAAAGGAUAAGUAAUAUUAAAUUAAUUCUGAAUUUCUUUCUUAAGCAGGAUAUUCAGUUAUUUUAAAUAAAACUGACUAAGAUCCAUUUGGAAUAAGGAAAAGAGCUUUAUCUGAUUUUUCAUUAUGGUCAAGUUGGCCAGUAUCUGACAGAUGCAAAAGCUAUUAUUAUAGGAUAAAGGAUUUUUUAAUAGAGAAUGUAUUUCCAAUUGAAAAAGAAAUUUUAGAUUAAACUAGAAUUAGACCAAAUUCAAUAUCAAAUAAAGGAAUUCCUGAAGUAGAAGCUUUAUAGAGAAAGGCAAAGUAAUUAGGAUUAUGGAAUUUAUUCAUAUCUGAACCUUUAUAUGGAAAAGGACUUACAAGUUUAGAAUAUGUAUUUUUAUCAGAAUUAAUGGGAUUAAGUUAUUUGGCUCAUGAAAUCUUUAAUUGUUUUGCUCCAGAAACUGGUAAUAUAAAAUUACUGAUUGGUUAUGGAACUUAAUUUUAAAAAGAGAAAUACUUAAAACCAUUAUUAGAGGGAGAAUGCAAAUCCUUUUUUGCAAUGACAGAGAAAAGAGUAUCUUCAUCGGAUCCAAAUAAUUUUGAAUUAACUAUUACUCCAAUAAAUGGAGGUUUUAUAGUAAAUGGAGGAAAGUGGUUUGUAUCUAGUGCACCAGAUGAAAGGGCUAGAUUUGGAAUUGUGAUGGGCAAAUCGUCUAAAGAUAUGUAAAAUCCUUUAGAAUCAUAAUCUAUGAUCAUAGUUGACAUGCCCAAUCCUAAUAUUAAGAUACUAAGACAAUUAGAAAUUCUAAAUUUUAAUGAUUAUCCUCAUAGCUAUGCAGAAAUAGAAUUUGAUAAUGUUUUCAUUCCAUAAGAAAAUCUUUUAGGAUAAUUGGGAGGUGCUUUUAAAAUGGCUUAAGGAAGGUUACUUGGAGGAAGAUUACAUCAUUGUGUUAGAUAGAUUGGAUUAACUAGUAGAUGUCUAGAUUUAAUGAUGAAUAAAUCAGAAUCAGGACUUGUUUUCAAUUAAAAAUUGAAAGAUAAUAAUGCUUUUUAAGAGAAAUUAGGUAAAAUGAAAAUUGCUAUACAAAAUUGUAGGCUAUUAAGUCUUAAUGCAGGAUUAUUAUUAGAUUCUGCAGGAUCAUAAAAUCUAAGAACUAUUAUGGCUGUUAGUUUAUGUAAAGCUCAUAUACCCAAAACGUGCUAAAAAUUGAUAGAUUAAUGUAUCCAAGCUUUUGGUGUUGAAGGUUUAACAGAUGAUCAUCCACUAACUGUCUCUUUCAUAUUUGCAAGAGCUAUUAGACUUAUGGAUGGACCUUGUGAACUUCAUCUUAAACAAAUUGCCAAAUUUGCUUAUGUUAAUCAUCUAUUCAAUGAUCUAAAUAAUGUUCAAGGAUAUGGAUUAGCAAAAUUGUGA